UCGUGUGUGUGUGAGGGUGGUGAUUAAGUACUGUGUGCGUAGGGCCUAUACCUUGUGCUGGUCUCGAUCUACCAACCUGAGAGAGGUCUACACGUUGUGUUUUUCUGACUUUUGUUUGUGCAACAAUUAGAAAGGGGACACAAGUCAAGAAGUGUUGAAAGUUAAUACUGGACCAGGUUGCAAUGAAACUUCGUUUAAGAUCAUCUCUUCGCAGAACAGGCAAAAAUGGCAAACAAUUUUGUUUUCAGCAGGAAGACCAGCCUGGAUUUAUAGUGCGACAUAUCAACAAAUUCAUUGGAAGUGGUGUUUUUGCAACGAAAAGGUUCUCAAGAAAUGACUUCCUUCUCGAGUACCGGGGAGAGCUGAUCUCUAGAAAAGAAGCCCUUGAACGUGAAAGCAGAUACACUAUAGCUGAUGGAAGUUUUUUGUACUUUUUCAAACAAAACUCCAAAACAAAAUGUUUGGAUGCAACAUAUUCAAGUUGCAUCGGAAGAAUGGUCAAUGAUGCAGUUGCCCCCAAAGCCAAUUGUAAAAUGGUAGCUGUUAAUGAUGGCAAGAAUCCACAUCUUUGCUUAUUUGCUGUUCGAGACAUUGAAGUCUGGGAAGAACUUCGGUUUGAUUAUGGUGUACCCAACUUGCCAUGGAGAAAGAUGGGGCAGAUGCAGGAAAAGCAUAAUGACUACCUUGACAAGCUCACUUUCUGUGGACUGAAAAAGAAUUCUGCAGCUGAUGAUGUCAACAAGUGUUCCCCAAAACACAACUCACAAGUUGAUGACUCCGAUACUACACGUGAUGACAGUGAUGACAAUGAUUACAUUCCCGAUAGUGAAAAUGAAGAAAUAGAAAGUGACUCCAGCGACCAGCUUUGUGGAUUAAGAGGUGCAGCAAAACAAUCCAUGUUUCAAACUAAUGAGGUAGGUAUAAAUACUUAAAAGUGUUAAAUGCAAUGUACGACUAUGGUGAGAUGAGCAAAGGAAAAUAGUGUUAAA